AUGGGUGAGCCACACUUGUGUGGCAUCGCCACAAAGGCUUCGCGAGCUCCGCCGAUGGCCACACCUCAGCUCGAAGGUGCCUAUGCCGCCAUUUCCAGGGCAGCUCCUUCGGAUGCCAAUAGUCGGUCUGACAGCGAUGACCUCAUUCUUUGUGAGGGUGCCGGCACGGCCCUUCCCCUGACCAUCAUCGUAGAAGACUUCUUUCCUCUGAUCAAUGUUAUGGACCGCAACAACUCGACCGGGCCCGUUGAUCCGGACAAGGUGGACGCCGAGAAGCGUGUGACGGUCAAUCAAUCGGAAGAUCAAGGGAACUUCCGCUCCUCCAAGUUCACUGGGACCACACUCACCCAUCUCAACUUCAGUGGAUGA